AUGUUGCUGCUACUGAAUGUUUUUGUGUUCGGUUUUGUCGUGGUGUCGGCUCGCGUUGAGUUCUACCGAAAGGAUUACACUUACGUCCAGGAAUAUGAUGCGUUUUACAAACUACAUAGCGAUGGAAAUUUCAGUUCUUGGAACACAGCAUUCUUGACCUGUGAUGAUGAAGUACUAACAGCAUCAGCGGAACGGUUCGCUGUUUUUGGAAAAGACUAUCAGAUACCACAGUAUUUUCUCUACCGCAGAGGACCCCAGACACAGGGAUCCCGAAGUGAAAUUGUGUCUGGUGUCCUCCAGUCCAGACGCGUGGGUAUUCCGAAACGGGUUUUAUUAGGUGCUAAAUUAUUUUAUCCAGAAACCAAAGAAGAGUGGAAAGUAGCUAUGAAAUUUCAAAAACUUAUGCCAUCUGCAUCUACCGGUACUAAUGAAAUAUUUGUGGGAAUUCACGACAAGUUUACAUUAGGUGAAUACGUUAAUAUUAACGGUCAACCAAUAAAUAUAAGUCUAAAAAAUAAGGAUGAAACUUCAGAACAUUGCGUCACUAUGGAUAUAGGUACUGGAGCUUACAAGCUCGGUAAAUGUUAUAUGCAUUCCGGCUUUCGACCAUUUAUUUGCAAGAAAGUUGAAGAUGUCACUUGUCCCACAAUUGAUAAAGGUUACAAAUACGUUAAAGAGACCAAAAAGUGUUACAAGAUAAACACGAAUCCCAAAACAUGGUCGAAAGCUAUGGAGACAUGUUUUAUGGAGGGAGGAUUGUUGGUUGUCAUUGAAAGCUACAAACUUGAAGACGGCGGCUACAAACUUGAAGACGGCGGCUACAAUACUUGGAGAAACAAUGACGAGUUGAAAUAUGAUUGUGGUAAUAUUAUGGACAAUGGUAACAAUAUAUAUUUAGGAGCACAUUCUUGUGACACUGAGAUCAAACCUUUCGUUUGUGAAAUGUCGGUUGAAAAGUAA